GCCCGAAACUAGAGGGAAAUGUUUCCCGCCAUUUUGUACUUGACCCAUUUACUCAUACAGUUAUACUCAUACAGCGUUUGUGUUGAAUCGUGAAAUUGAUAGGCGAAACGAUGGAACCUGUACGGUCUCAGAGGAAAUCUUCGGUGUCCAACGGCGUCGUUUCAACUCUCCCUCUCUAUCGCUCUGCCCCUCCUCUUGAAUUCCGUCUUGACGAUUUCGAGCUUUACGCCAUCGAUCGCCUACGAGUUCUUAAAGGAAUUUCGGAUGCUUUGUCUAGAGGAAAGAAGCCGGAUGAAAUGGAGAAAUUGGUGUUGGAUCUGUGGAAAACAAAUAUGAGGCAUCAACAUUCCUCUGAGGUUGUUAAUAAGGACAUAAUUUCACAUUUUGUCUUGCGACUUGUUUAUUGCAGGACGGAGGAGUUAAGAAAAUGGUUUCUUUCAAUCGAAACUACAUUAUUUCGUUACCGUUUCCGGGAUGAAGCUCCUGAAAUUCAGAGGGUGCUAAUGACAGAGUUUGAUCUUCCAUACAAAGCUGUGAGCAAUGCUGAAUAUGAGAGUGUGAAGGACAAAUUGAACCAAGUAGCACGCGCAAUAGGACAACCUAUUACAACUGAUGCCAUCUUUUACAAGGUUCCAUUUGAGGAGGUGCCAGAGCUUGUGGCAGGUCGACGAGUAUUUAUUCAGAAAGGGAAUGCAUAUAUUGCCAUGAAUCAGGUAAUUCAUUUGGUUUCACUAGUUGUCACGCAGUUCCGAAGUCAUCUUUCGAAAGCACUAGUGCUGACAAACAGAAAAUGGACCUCGAUGAUCAGAGAACAGGAGAAGGACCGUUUGGUUCCUAUUAUUGAAGCCUUAUCCACAAGUUACCUGGGUCCUGAUUAUAGCCAGCCGAGAGAACAUGCAGAAAUAUCACUUAAAGACAUUGAUCUGAUUGCUAAGAGUUCAUUCCCUCUAUGUAUGCGUCAUCUUUUUGAUAAGCUGCGAGAGGAUCAUCAUCUGAAGCAUGGAGGGAGGAUGCAGCUUGGUCUAUUUCUCAAGUGUGUUGGAUUGAAGUUGGAUGAUGCCCUUGCAUUCUGGAGAGCUGAGUUCUCCCGAAAAGUUGGUGCUGAAAGAUUUGAUAAAGAAUAUGCAUACAGCAUAAGACACAAUUACGGGAAAGAAGGAAAGAGAACGGAUUACACACCUUAUUCUUGUCAAAAGAUUAUAUCAUCAGCUCCUGGAGUAGGAGAUCACCAUGGCUGUCCAUAUCGUCAUUUCAGUGAGGAGAAUCUGAGAGCUGCCCUGACCAGGAUGAGAGUAGGCAAUCGAGCACUGGAGGAUGUGUUGGACAAAGUCCGAAAUAGACAUUAUCAGUUGGCAUGCACUUUGACCUUUGAAGCUGUUCACGGCUCAUCUUGUGAUGCCGGGGUUAACCAUCCAAAUCUGUACUACAAUGACAGUCAGAAGAUCUUGGAAUCACAGAAUAGUUCCAGCAACCCACAAGGAACAACAGCAAUAUAGAUUUGUUGCCUCCCUUAUUGGAAGAUCUGGUUGACUCACACCUGCAAGAAUCCAAAGAGACCAUGCAGGACCAAGUAUAAAGAAGAGCUGAUGCCUUUUCUGUCCAAAGAACUUAGAAAGGGAAGGCAGUUGAAUCACCGGAUACAGUUUUUCGAUGCUAUCCCAUCGUUUUAAAGCAUUAGUGGUAUGCGUAGACUGCAAGUCUGUAACUUUUAUUAACCUCAACCCUGUUCAAAUCUAGAUCUAUAUAUGCAAUGCUAGACUGAGGAAGAUGAUGUGACACUCUCUCUGGCCUUUCUUAUUUCUCUACUCAGAAGAUUUGCAGAAAAAAAGUUCUUGUCUUUUAUCCCCUCUUUAUUAAUAUGUAAUAGUUAAGUAUAUGUGUUUUACAUAUCACGUUAAUUAAUAAUAAUGUAUAUUUAAAAAAGAUAA